AUGUCUGUCCGUCGUCGUCAGGUCCCUCGCGAUGCUCGUCGAGCGUUGCAGGACACCGCGCAUAGUCACCCAGGCGAGCUGAAUGUCAUCUUCGCGUCGGUCGGCUGCAACGAUGCCCGGCACACAAAUGUCCGGCAUGUGGCCGAUGUUGAACAAGAGGCGGCGGAACUGUGUGCGUGGGCGAAUAUCCUGGUGCUGGCACCGAUCGAUGCGUACAGCCUCGCAAAGAUGCUGACUGGACAAACUGGUAAUCUGCUGCUAGAAUUGUUGCGCAGCUGGAACGUAUCGCGCAAAGUGCUGAUGCUGCCGGGAAUGUCACAAUUGAUGUGGAGGAAUCCAAUGACGAGCAAGCAGAUGACAGAAAUACGGGACAACUGGGAUUGGGUACGGACAUUCAAGCCUAUCCUCUGGGAAUUCGAUUCAUUUGGCACAAAGAAGGUUACAUCAUGGGAUUCCGCGAACGAGCUGGUGGAAGCUGUGCACAACCAAGUGGAACUUCUCAAACUCGGAGAGGGUCUCACAGUGGCGCCGAUACCGCGUGCCAUCCUACCCAAACCGUCGACGAGGCCAAGCAAUCGCCUGCCACCCGAGCUAUGGACCAUAAUCUUCGAUAUGGUAGGAGACUGGGAGCUUGCCCAGAACUUGCAUGUCUACACAAAUUUGAAGCCACCAAGUGAUUGGUAUGCCCAUAUCCGCCACAAGGAGUCUGAGGACCGACAACUGAGCGACAUGGAGACUCUCGAAUGGAUUAUCUUGUGCGGCACCCUCUGUAAUGUCAAGCAAUUCGUUCAGGACCGUGGCGUGCCUCGCAUUCUUUCCCGGAUGUGUCUCACCUUGAUGAUGCGUUUUGCGAUGACGCCCCUCUUGGCCUACCUGGAAUCAGUCGAUCAUAAAAUACUGCUGUGCCCUCCAGAGAGGUCCUUCUUCCCCGACAAAGCCUCCGCGGUGUUCGGUCGCGUGGAGAUUCUCGAGUUCUGGUGCAAGUCACCGACAUUUGCCGACCGGGAAUACACCGAGGCGGCUAUGGAUGGUGCUUCGCGGAUGGGCUUUGUGCACGUUCUGGACUGGUGGCGACGUUCGGGACUGCCUCUGAAAUACACCGAAGCGGCAUUGGAGACGGCGAGCGGCAACGGUCACAUCGCCGUGCUGGAAUGGUGGAAAGCUCAGGCCUGCAUCGACAGCAAUAGUGCCAGUGGUAUCAGCGAACUAGAUCGAGUCGACACCACCGGACGCACAUCACCCACGGGACUCCCCCUUAUCCGCCUCAAGCCCGGCAAGAGCAUCUGCUUCGCCGCGCAGAACGGGCACACGGAGGUGGUCCACUGGUGGUUGGAAUCCGGCAUCACCUUUGCGCACGAAGACACGGUGGCCAAGUUGGCCAGCGCCCACGGGCACGUCGCCAUCUUGGAGCUCUGGUACGAGAUGAAGGGCGGCAAGAUCAUCUUCGAUAACUCGGUGCUCCCGUUGGCCACCAAACACGGCUGGAUUGCCGUUCUCGAGUGGUGGCGCCGCUCGGGCUUGACGGUCGAGUAUCGCAUCUGUGACGUCGAGGAAGCUCUCGAGGAUGGCUUCGAGGGCGAGCGCGGGGUGGAGAUGAGGCGCUGGUGGGCGCACAAUGGGUUGAAUCUGGGUAGUCUUGGGACGAGCGAAUGGAUGAAGACGAAAGUUUUGUGA